AACAAUAAAUGAAGAAAAAUCACGAAAACAGAAAAAAGAAGAAAUAAAUAAAUAAAUGUACUCAGUAAAAUAUUCUUGCAAAUAGAAUAAAAUAAUCUGGGGAAAAGGUAAAGCUGCGCUCUGAUUUUGCCUUCUCUUUUUGAUUUCGUUUUUGAUCUUCCAAUUUCCGUGCUCAAAUGGACACCAUUUGAGCUAUCAGACCCUUUUAGGGAAUAGAAGAAAAUAAAGUUGGGAAAACCAAAAUCUUUGCGGAGGUUUUUGCUCGAUCAUGGCGGUGGUGGAAAAUGCCAGGGCUAGCGCGCUGACGUCAUCGAAUCGCGAGAACGACGUCGUGGUGGAUCAUCGCCACCACCAGCAGUCAUCAAAGGCCGCCGCUAACGGCCAAAAGUCAACGACGCCGACCGAUCAGAAUUUCCACCUGAUUCAGCAGAAGAUAUCCAACGGCCAUCAUCAGCUCGCCGUCAACGGAAAUGGAGUAUCGCAAGAGGAGAAAUUGGACGGCGAGGAUGAUGGAGGGGAGGGGUUUAAGAGGGAGAUGAGAGAUUUAGAGGAAAUGUUGUCGAAAUUGAACCCCAUGGCCGAAGAAUUCGUGCCGCCGUCGCUGACGUCACUCGUUGGCGGCCGCCAGAUGCUUGCGCCCCCUCAAGCGGCAGCUGCUGGUCAUUUUGGGUACAAUGCUAAUGGCUUUAUGAUUCAGCAGCUCCUUAGUUCAGGUGUUCCAACUGAAAAUUCUUUUAGAAGGAAGAAAAAUGGUUAUACCCAUGGAAAGCGGAGGAUGAAUAGUCGAACAAGCAUGGCUCAAAGGGAUGAUGUGAUUAAGAGGACAGUGUAUGUUUCUGAUAUUGAUCAUCAGGUUACGGAAGAGCAACUUGCAGCACUUUUUAUUGGCUGUGGUCAGGUUGUGGAUUGUCGUGUUUGUGGUGACCCUAAUUCUGUACUUCGCUUUGCGUUUGUUGAGUUCACUGACGAAGAAGGGGCAAGGAACGCCUUGAGUUUGGCAGGAACGAUGCUUGGCUAUUAUCCAGUGAGAGUACUGCCUUCUAAAACUGCAAUUGCUCCUGUUAAUCCAACAUUCUUGCCUAGGUCUGAGGAUGAAAGGGAGAUGUGCGCAAGGACUAUUUAUUGUACAAAUAUUGACAAGAAGGUCACUCAAGCAGAUGUCAAACUCUUCUUCGAGUCCAUUUGUGGCGAGGUUCGUCGGUUGAGGUUGCUUGGGGACUAUCAUCAUUCUACUCGUAUAUCUUUUGUGGAGUUUGUAAUGGCUGAAAGUGCGAUUGCAGCGCUGAACUGCAGUGGUGCUGUGUUGGGAUCAUUACCUAUAAGGGUAAGCCCAUCAAAGACUCCUGUUCGACCCCGUGCUCCCCGCCAGUCUAUCCACUAAAGUCUCUUGAUGAUCGCCUAUAUAUACAUAGUUACAUGCUGAUACUAUGUGGUAUCUAUGUGUUAAUUCCUUUUCCCGUCUGUGCUGUGCGGACACCUGUAUCGGAUAAUUAUGGUGGACUGUUAAGCUAGUAGAGAGUAUGGCAGUAAUCUGUCAAUUAUGGGCUCCAUUUUAUGUGGAGUAUACUAGUACAGCAGUCAAAAUCUGAUGCUUGUGACCUUGAAGGAAAACUCCUUUUUCUUUUUCACAUAGCAGUAAUCAAUGUUGAUGGGCUAUCUUCUUGCCA